UGAAACUUCUUUGGUGUCGCCAUGAGUGAUUUCAUCUUUUUACAGAGAAAGUGAAAAGCCCCAACAGCUUCAAUGUGGGAAACUUAAAGAGUCAGCUUAUCGUCAGGUCAGCUUUAACCAUAACCGUUAACUGAUCUGAUAAUAACGGCCUGUGGUGCCUCCUCUCUCAGCUGGGAAGUAAAAAGCAAAGCCAUGGACCAAACGACCAGGGUUGUGGGUCUGGACGCUCAGGGGAACAUGCUUUUCACGGUGGUGAAGCCAGUGAUGAGCAUCUUCCAAGUUCCUCCAGAACAAGCCGGCAGCGUGGUACAAGGUGGCAUGGAUCUACAGGGUUUAUCUGAAAACACACUGGUCCUCCCUCAAAUGCAGGGCCAGGCUCCGCUCGAGCAGAACCACGUGGAGAUGCACAACAUACAGCCUCACAUUCCGCCUCAGAUGCAGGUUUCUGCUCCAGUCCAGGCCGAGGUUGUGUCUCAGAAUCAGGAGACGCCACCAAACCCCAGCACAAAUUCAGCGUCUGGUAACCAGAUGCCCUUCGCAGAGGUGUCAUCCCUCCUGGAUCCGAACAUGAAGGGAUCUAAGGCUCGGAAGUAUCUCAUCUCCUAUGAUGAAAUUAAACGGCGCCUGCAGGACCCGGAGAAGAUGUCCCUGCGCUCUUUGGCAGCGUACACUCGUGUCAGCAGAGGACCAGCCAGCAAGAAAACACUUCUUGAAUCACUAAAUGUUCUCGGUCUCACACCAAGCACAACUACCUCCGUGUCCUCCUCAUUCUCCAAACUCACAGAAGGCGACACCAGAGCUUUAUGUGAAGAUAUGAAAGAUUUCUCCCAUGACUACAUUGAUUACGGUAACAUGGCGAAACAGCUCAUCCCAGAGACGAACACAGUUCAACACUGGUCCAAAAUGAUUGAAACCAAGAACCACCUCGAGGAUAUGAGGAAAUGUUUCAGGGACCCGGUCAACAGUGGCGCGUUUGACAACGUCACUCACGGCCUCGGUCUGGGGAUGUUGGAUGUCACACUGGACAUGAUCAUUAUGGUAAUCGAACAGCAAAUCCGCAUCUUGUCUGGUGCAGCGGCAUCAGACCCAGUCGACACUGCUCCGCCGAUGCGGCGUAUCCGCAGGCGCCACCGUAAAACUCACUCAAAUAACACUGAGACGCCUCACAAGGUGUCUGGGGGGGUCAAAGACCAAGGGAAGGUCAUUUCCAAAGGAAAGGGGCGAGGCAAAGCCAGGAAGAAAAUAAGACAGGACACCGGAGUGGUCGGUCCAGUGGAAACACCAGCAGAGCAGUAUAAGCCAGACGAUGUGGAGGGUAACGUCCUCACCCUGGUGUCUGUGGGAUAUGAGACUGUUUCCAGUGGGCUCAACACAGCUGGAACUGUUUGAUGACUCGUCACACAAAAGGUCUAAAGAACCUUUUACAGUCCCAUCAAAGAGACACAGCGGUGGGACAGUCUGCAGUCUGAGCUUUAUUGAACUCCCAGGAAGAAGAGCACAGCUGUAGUGAGCUCAGCAUCACAGUCUAAUAGCUGUGUCCCAUUUCAGGAGCCUGCAUCCUACAGAGGACUGAUGCAUCCUACAGAGGCUGCACCCGAGCUGUCCAACUGUCCUUUAAAUGCCUCCUUUCAUUCCGAACAGGUGGAUUCCUCUCGGGCCAACUUCCUCCAGGAUUCAUUGUGUGCAAGUGGCUGAGCUCAGAGAAGCUAACAAUGCAGAUGUAGGAGUGAGACAAGCUGAGUAUGGCAGAGUAGAUUCUGCCACACGUGAGUCUGUGAAGGAUGUCAUCCCUGGAUUGGGACUCAGUUAAUGUCACAUCUUGGAGUCCUCUGUAUUCAGCAGGCAGUUAGCUUUACUUAGCAUAAAGACUGAAAGACAGGGAAGCAGCUAACAUGACCUUCACAGCAACUCUAAAGCUCACCUUCACUUUUAAUUUCAAACAACUGGCAUCACUUGAAAAAGUUGCCUGGGCAGUGACACAGAAGUUUACUAUCAUGUUGGAAGCAGCCACAUACAACAAGGUCCAGAUGAUUUUGAUUUCCAAAUUAAUUAAUAUUUGGCUUAAUUAUUGUUAUUAGAAAAAGGAUUUUCUUCGGCCUGGGUUUCUUGCUGUAUUAUUAUAAUGAGAACUCUGCUAAUCACAAAAACCAAAGUGACUAGUGUUUUACAGGCGGGUUUUAUGUGUCUUGACUGCAACAAGCUGACUCUGUUUAAUAAGAUUUGUUUCCCAAGAUCCAGGUUUGUUUGCCCCUGCUUCCUGUCUUUUUGCUAAGCUAAGCUAACCAGCUGCUGUGACAUGUUGUGACGGAUGUGAGGAUGAUCUCCAACUUCUCAUCCAACAGUUGGCAAAAUUGUGAUAAAGCACAUUUCCUGAAAUGUUGAACUCUUUCAUUAAGUGACUCCUUUGUUUCUUUAGUAGGUUUUCUAUGUAUCUUGAUGUAUAAACAGAUCCUGUCACAUUAUCUUUUCCUGUCUUAGGUCUUUCUAGCGAAUGGACAAACCAAGGAAUGUAAAAUGUAAACACACGCUGUCCUUGCACAAGUACAGAUCACAACAAAUAAUAUCAGAGGUCUCCAUUGUUAUUAUUAUUUUGCUGGUACAAUGUCUCCUGUUACCCUCUUUUAUUUAUUGUUUAGAUUUCCAGUACUGUUCUGUACUAAAGUGAUAAAAUGUCUGUUUUUACUGGAGUAAAAUAUGAAGAUUUAGUUUUCAUAA